CUCUCUCUCUCUCUCUCUAAAUAUAUUCCUUAAUAUAUAACGUCCCUACCAUCAUAUUUUGUUUUCCUUAAUUUAUACAGUUCUGCAUUUCCUAUAUAUCGAGCUAGGAAAAUUUAUAUAUAACGAGCACUAGCUGGGAUCAAUGGCUGAUGAUCAAGCGUUGCUCCACGGGACACUUCUGACAACCAUUUACGAAGUUGAUAGGAUAAACUAUGGCCUUGGCUUCAACGACCUUCGAAAGAAAUUGCGGCAAUGCACGCAACAAUCCGGGAAAUGGUUUCUAGCCCAACUCAAGAGAUUAGUGCAAGGCAAGCCUCUGAUUGCUAGAUUCAAGCUCUAUGCAACAGUUGAUUUAGAUAAGUCCAGGGUUGGGCGGACUAGAAUGGUAGAAAUUCAAGCCUCUCACACCCAGUGGUUCGAGUCCUUCAACAUAUACUGCGCCCAUUAUAUUUCACAUAUCAUAUUCACUAUCAAAGAAGACAACCCUAUGGGGGCAACAUUAAUUGGAAGGGCUUAUGUGCCGGUUGGGGAUGUCAUGAGGGGAGAUAUGGUUGAUAGAUGGGUUGACAUACUAGAUGAAGACCACAACCCUAUACAAUCUAGAAUCCACGUCAAGCUUCAAUUUUUAAAUAUUGCCCAAGAUUGGUCUCAGCAAAUCAUAACUCCUGACUUUGAGGGAGUUCCUCGCACAUUCUUCAAGCAAAGACAAGGUUGCAAAGUUACUUUAUACCAAGAUGCCCAUGUCCUAGAUGCUAUGCCUAAGCUUUUGGAACCCAUUGGAGAUCGUUAUAAGCCCCAAGGAUGCUGGGAGGACAUCUUUGACGCAAUCACCAAUGCAAGACACCUAAUUUAUAUAGCUGGAUGGUCUGUGUAUACUGAGAUAACCUUGAUAAGGGAUUAUAGGAGGCCAAAGCAAGACGACAACCUCACAUUAGGGGAUCUUCUUAAGAAGAAGGCUGAUGAAGGUGUGAUGGUUCUUAUGCUUGUCUGGGAUGACAGAACUUUUGUCAAGAAACUGAAGAAGGAUGGUUUGAUGGCGACUCACAACCAAGAAACUGAAGAAUACUUUCGAAACACGAAGGUGCAUUGCUUUUUGUGCCCUCGUAAUCUUGACGAUCGAAGAAGUAUAGUUCAAGGUUUUAAAAUUUCUACCAUGUUUACUCACAAUCAAAAGACAAUAGUUGUUGAUAGGGAAGUGCCUGAUGGAGGAUCACAAAAGCGGAGGAUUGUGAGUUUCAUUGGUGGUAUUGAUCUUUGUGAUGGGAGAUAUGAUACAACGGAACAUCCUUUAUUCAUGAGUACAUUGGAGACAAUUCACCAUAAUGACUUCCAUCAGCCAAAUUUUGCGACUGCUUCAAUCAAGAAAGGCGGUCCGAGGGAGCCUUGGCAUGACAUUCAUUGCCAACUAGAGGGGCCUGUUGCUUGGGAUGUCUUGUACAAUUUUGAGCAAAGAUGGAAAAAGCAAGUUGGGGACAAGUUCCUAAUUAAACUAAACCAACUUAAUGAAAUUUUAAUCCAUCCAUCACCAGUUACCUCAUUAGAUGAUACUGAAACAUGGAAUGUUCAAAUCUUUCGAUCUAUUGAUGGUGGGGACGUUUCUGGUUUUCCUGAAAAACCUGAUGUUGCAUAUGCAGUAGGGCUUAUUAGUAGGAAAGAUAACACCAUCGAUCGAAGCAUUCAAGAUGCAUAUAUCAAUGCUAUUCGACGAGCAAAAAACUUCAUCUACAUUGAGAACCAGUAUUUUCUAGGAAGCUCGUUCGGUUGGAGCCCAAACGACAUCAAGGUAGAGGACAUUGAUGCUUUGCAUCUCAUUCCAAAGGAGCUCUCGCUAAAGAUUGUUAGUAAGAUUGAAGCAAGGGAGAGGUUUGUUGUCUAUAUUGUGAUCCCAAUGUGGCCAGAAGGUAUACCUGAGAGUGCUUAUGUUCAAGCAAUAUUGGAUUGGCAGAGAAGGACUAUGGAAAUGAUGUAUUCUGAUAUCACCAAAGCCCUGCAAAGAAAUAGACUUGAUGAAGACCCUCGAAACUAUCUGAAUUUCUAUUGCCUUGGGAAUCGAGAGGCAGUGAAAGUGGGGGAGUAUAUACCUCCAGAGAGACCAGAACCUAACACUGAUUAUAGUAGAGCUCAAGAGGCUCGUCGCUUCAUGAUAUAUGUCCAUGCAAAAAUGAUGAUAGUUGAUGAUGAAUACAUAAUCAUUGGAUCUGCCAACAUCAACCAGAGGUCAAUGGACGGAGCAAGAGACUCUGAGAUUGCAAUGGGGGCAUUCCAACCACAUUAUUUAGCCUCCACAUACUCAGCAAGGGGGCAAAUCCAUGAAUUCAGGAAUGCAUUGUGGCUUGAGCACCUUGGAGGAUUUUUGGAGCCCUUUCGACAACCAGAAAGCAAGUCAUGUGUCUUUCUGGUAAAUAGUCUUGCUCAGCAAUAUUGGGAUUUAUACGUGAGAGAGACAUUCCAUGAUAUGGAAGGUCACUUGCUACCAUACCCCAUCCAACUUACUAUUGAUAUGGGAGAGACUAAAAUACUGCCCCUGCCUGGGUUCGAACUCUUCCCUGACACUAUGGCUCGUGUUAUGGGUACUAAAUCUGAUUAUCUUCCUCCAAUCCUCACCACUUAAUUAGUGGCAUGCAUGCAUGCCCUUUGUAAUUCUUCACCAUUAAUACUUUUAGUUUUAGCAUGAAUUUGAUUACCUAUGUAUAUUGUAAUCAUGAUGUGAGACUCAUCAAAUACCUAAGAAUGAAACUCGUGUAGUAGCUAGUGACAACUGAACUACG